AUACGGGUCCAAUUGAAACAAUAUACAAUUCAAGGGAUUCAUGGCACAACUUACCAAGGUAAUAAGUCGAUAGCCUCGUCAUGGCCUACGCGGCCUGCGGAUCAGCCUUCUCCUUCUACUUUUGCUUCUUUUGGCACGUGCAACCAGGUUUCUUCCAAUCUCCGUACUUUUUCCUCAUUCUCAAUCUUCCUGGGGGAUAUUCUUCCCAUCUCUCCACUCACCACCAAUAAACCCACCCUGUUUUCCCCUUCUGCUAUCUUCUGUUCGUUUAAAUCAUCCCUGCUAUUGUACUUAAUCCUCGUCUUCUCCACAGGCUGGUCCUUGUUACUUACUCGAUACUUCGUCGUCUUUUUCGAUCCAAUCCCUGUAAAUAUCAGUCUGCUUUGACUGCGACUGCUGUCCUUUCUCUAUCAGCAAUGGCUAUGAAACGAUAAUGCUCAUAAUAUGCUCCUACCUCGGUCGACUCGAACGCUGCCGGCUCUAUGGCAUCGUCGGAAGUCUAGCCUAAUUGGCUCACUGCUGGCCCUCAUCGCCCUUCUCUUCUUCCUGCAGAAUCAAUGGCUACGAAACCCUGUCGAACCUGCGUCCGUACCUGUUCCUCCAGAACCACCACGUCCCACGAAUUCCCUCCUCAAGAAUCAGACCUCCUUCUGGCGAGAUCUCUACCUCAUAAUACUCAAUAAUGACCCGAACUGCGACAAGCCUCCCGAGGUCGUGGUGCCCCAGAAGUUGGACAUCGGAUAUGACGCUUCUCACGCCCAUCCGCGGCCGGACGUACUGUUCAUGGAAGCGGCAGACGUCACACGCAUGCGCGAGGCACAUACCAAUUUCAUAAACGAUCUGAAAAAGACUCCGCCAAAGUUGCCAUAUGAACCAGGCACUCGAGGGAUCGUCAUGACUGCUGGCUUCAACCAACUCCCCGUCCUGGUCAUUUCCAUCCGCAUGCUGCGGAGGACUUGGUCACUGUUGCCGGUCGAAGUCAUACUAGCCGACCCGACGGAUUACGACGAAGAAAUAUGCGACACCGUCCUACCAUCAUUGAACGCCAAAUGUCUGGUCUUGUCCGAGAUCUUUCAAGCCGCCGAGUCGGGUGUAUCGAUCGACAAGUACCAGUAUAAAAUCAUGGCCGUCCUGUUCUCCUCGUUUGAAGAGGUUCUCCUGCUCGAUUCCGAUGCUUUUCCCGUCUACAAUCCUUUGACCUUGUUCGAAGAGGAACCUUUCAAGAGUACCGGAAUGGUUGUGUGGCCGGACUUCUGGUACGCUUCCGAAUCCCCAUACUACUUCGAGAUUGCCAAGAUAGGAGACAUACCUCUACUCAGCUCUCGAGCCUGCAUAGAGUCUGGUCAGCUCAUGUACUCGAAAAGCAAACAUAGCAUGUCCAUUAUGCUUGCUGCUUAUUACAACUUAUAUGGCCCAACCUACUAUUACCCACUCCUCUCGCAGGGCGCUCCGGGUCAAGGCGACAAAGAGACAUUCGCAUGGGCGGCCGUAGCCCUAGGCGAAGAUUUCUAUCCGGUUCGUGAACACGUCAUGGCUCUCGGUCGCUUCGAUACCAACGGUCAAUAUAAGGGAAGUGCCAUGGCCCAGCACGAUCCCAUGGCGGAUCAUGCCUACAUGAAAACCCAUAAUGUCCCUGUGCAUCCAGGUGGAGACAUACUUGACAAUCCAUUCGACAUCCGGCCCAGCCACGUGAGGCCUUUUUUCAUCCACGCCAAUUUCCCCAAAUUCGACCCCUCGACCAUCUUCAACGCCCUUAGUCCCACUCACGAUAGCAACGGGUCAGCUGUGCGUUGUUGGAUGGACGAGGAACGUGCCAUUGAACUUUUCGGGGUCGAUGUCGAACGCGCCUUUUGGGAAGAAAUCAUGGGUACGGCCUGCGAAUACAACUUCGGCUGUUGGAAGGGCAGGCAGGGCAUUUGCGACCGUACUAGGGACCAUUUCCUGGAAGUCUUUCAUCAGAUGCCAAGUGAGUCCCGCCCAACAGACCAGGAGUCGUGAUAUGUACAUGGAUGGCGCGGACUGACCAUCCUUCGGGCACUGAUAUCUUGAUCUUUGAGAUCUGUAUAUGUUUGAACUUCAUGCACAUGUAGCAUGUAUGGACUGAUAUUGGUUGUUAUCUAGGAUGGGGAAUGGGUAAUACAAAAGGUAACGACAUUUUCCGACUUUUGAAUGAAUACAAAUAAGAUACCUAGACAGCAUUUGAGAACAAUUGGCAUCCUUGGGCAUGUUUGUGAAAUGAGACACGGGAGAUGUAGCCAAGCAAUCUUGAGGGCUUCUUAAAAGAGUAGAAACAUGCGGCAUACUGUAGGAAGACAUGAUACUGACAGGAGUGAUCAU